AGUGUAAAGCUGCAAAUCAAUAGCUAGAAUGGAUACUUCAGGCUUGAAUUUGACGUCUUUGAAAGACAAGAUAUCCAGCAAAUUGAACCUGCUGAAGAAACCAUCCAAAAAAACCAAGAAGGAAGGAAAGAAACAGGACAAGAAGCCAGAUCACGAAGAAGAAGAUAUAUUACGCCGUGAAGCUUUAGCAUUAGGUGCAACUGAAGAAGAUUUAGCCUUGUUAAAUGACGUCGAUGAAGGCGAAGAAAGUGAGCAAGAAUUCAAUGACUCUGGUGUGAAGUUGGACAAAUCAUUCGGUGACGAUUUAAGUCAGUUCAUGAAAGGUAUUGGAUUGGGCAGUGGAGGACCUAUUGUUGUUGACGAUGACGAAGAAGAAGAAGAAGAGGAUGAAGAUAUCCCUGAUUUAGUUGAUGUUCCUGAAGAAGACGAGGAGGACCAAGAGGACGAAGAAGCAGCAGAAGAAAAGGAGGAAGAACAGGAUGACGAGGAAUCUGAAUCAUCCGAUGAGAGUGAAGAAGAAUCUGAAUCUGAAGAUGAGGUCAUUGUCAAGGAAUCCAAGAUUGACAACAAGAAAGCAAAAGCUCAAACCUCAGACAAAGUAACAGACGUAGCAACUGUGUCAAGUUCAAAAUUGGUUAUUCCUCCUCGUACAGAUUGGUACAACGUUCCAUUUGAAACCACAUCUCAAACCCCAGAAAAAUUAGACAGAUUUGCCAGAGAAAGAUUAUUAGAAAGAGCUAAAGCUACUAUAGACAAAGACAACAAGACCUACUUGGAAGAAUUCGCAGCCAACAACUCCCAAAGAAAGUUCUUGUCCCAAAUUUUAUCCGACGGUACCUUGAACGAUAAAAUCUCAGCAUUGACUUUGUUAAUCCAAGAAGCUCCUAUGCAUAAUAUAAAAGCAUUCGAUACUUUACUUUCUUAUUGUGAAAAGAAAUCAAGAACCGCUGCCCUUCAAUCUAUUAAUGCAUUAAAGGAUUUAUUAUUGAAUGGUGUUUUACCAGAUAGAAAGUUAUUACCUUUUGAAAAACAGCCAUUGACCAAGGAUGCCAGCGACGUACAAUUAGCAGUCUACUAUUUUGAAGAUUAUGUCAAGAAAGCUUACUUUAAGUUAAUUACUAUCUUAGAAGUGUUAUCCCAUGACCCUAUCGUUCACGUCAGAAUGAAUGAUGUAUCUCACAUAUUUGAUUUGUUAAAGGCUAAACCAGAACAAGAAGCCAAUUUGUUGAAGUUGGGUGUUAACAAGUUAGGUGAUGUUGAUAACAAAGUUGCCUCGAAAACUUCAUAUCAAAUUUUGUUGUUGGAACAAGCUCAUCCAGCCAUGAAGAAAAUCGUCACUGAUGCUGUCAUUGACGUUAUCUUCAAGAAUGGUGGUGGUGACUCCCAUGCCAAGUAUUAUGCCAUUACUACUUUGAACCAAACUAUUUUGACUAGAAAGGAUGAAGAGUUGGCCAAUUCGUUGGUCAAGACUUACUUUGCCCUUUUUGAAAAAGUUUUAAUUGAAAAUGACGCCAAUAAUAAGGAAAAGAGAGAAGACAAGACAUUAGGUGAAAGUUCCAAGGGUAGAAAGAAUAAUAGAAAGAACUUCAAGAAGGGUAAGAAGGGUGGAAAGUCUGUCAAGGUUGAAGAAAAGUCUGAACAAGAAAUCAUUGAAGAAAAGAAUACCAAAUUGUUUUCUGCUUUAUUAACUGGUUUAAACCGUGCUUUCCCAUUCUCAAACUUGCCUAGAGAAGUUUUCCAAAAUCAUUUAGAUACAUUGUUUAAGAUUACUCAUAGUAGUAAUUUCAACACAUCUAUUCAAGCUCUUGUUUUGGUUCAUCAUAUCAUUACUGAACAAAGUUUAGAUUCCGACAGAUACUACAAGACCUUAUAUGAAUCAUUGCUAGAUCAAAGAUUAGCAAACACCUCCAAACAAGGUAUUUACUUGAACUUGUUAUUCAAAUCUUUGAAAUCCGAUACCAACAAAGCUCGUGUUUUAGCAUUUGUUAAAAGAAUCUUACAAAUUUGUUCUCAUUGGUUGCAUGUUGGUGCUGUUUCCGGUAUGUUAUACUUGUUAAUUCAACUUGUAAAGACAUUCCCAGAAAUCUCGGACUUAAUGAUUGACGUGGCUUCCAGACCCGAUGCUGAAGCUGAUGAAGAUAAAUCAGAACCAAAGAAAGAUGGUCAAUCCGCCAAAGAUACCGAGUAUGACCCAAAGAAGCGUGAUCCUCAAUACGCCAAUGCUGACAAGUCAUCAUUAUGGGAAAUAGGUCAUUUCUUAAACCAUUAUCAUCCAACAAUUGCAAUUUACGCAUCUUCAUUACUUGAAGGAACUGAACAAGUUAAGCCAGAUUUAGGGUUAUAUACUCUUGCCCACUUUUUGGACAGAUUCGUGUAUAAGAAUUCGAAGCAGAAACCACAAACCAAGGGUUCAUCCAUUAUGCAACCUUUGGGAGGUUUACAUACUGGUUCAUUGUUAGUCAGAGCAACUAACCUCAUGGACACUUCUGUUCCUGCAAACACCGAGGACUGGUUGAAUAAGAAGGUUGAAGACGUUAGACCAAAUGAACAAUUUUUCCAUCAAUAUUUCACUACCAAGGUCAAUAAGAUCAAGACCAUCAAGGAGGAUGAAGAUGAAAAGAAGAAGGAAUUGUUGGAUGAUGAAGAAGCCGCUGAAAUGGAAGAUGAUGAAAUUUGGAAGGCUUUGGUCAAGUCUAAACCUGACGUUGAAGACAAUUCUGAAGAUGACUUCUCUGAUUUUGGUGAAGAAGAUUUCUCAGAUUUAGACAUGGAUGAAGAAGAAGAGGACGAAGAUGAAGAAGUCAAUGAGGAACAACAAGAACAAGAAGAAGACGACGAAGAAGACGACGAAGAAGACGACGAAGAAGAAGGGUUUGAAGGUGAAGAGCAAGAUAUUUUUGGUAUCAAUGAAGAUGAUGAAUUCAGUGACUCUGAAGUUGAACUUAAAAUGUUGGGUGAUGCGUUUGGUGAAUCAGAAGAAGAAGAAGAAGAAGAAGAAGAAGAAAAGCCAAAGAAGAAGAACAAGCGUGCCAGAGAAGACAAAGAUGAAGGAAAGAAAAAGUCCAAGAAGACCAAGCUUAAGGACUUACCUGUUUUUGCUUCCGUUGACGAUUAUUCUCAAUAUUUAGAUUCAGAAGAUGAAGAUUACAGUUAAAUAGAACCAUAGUUUAUCAGCAUAUCAAUUACUAUUAUUAGCAAUAGUUGUUAUCUGAUGUAAUAAUCCGCGGAAAAAUUACCGGAAUUUUUAUCUUUAUUUUUAAAAUGUCACGGAAUUUUCGCACUCUUGUGGCUGUUUUAGCAAAUUUGGAAUUAACAACCGUUGGACCGUGCAUAAAAAAAUAAACCGUUAUUCCGCCAAAAAAAUUAAUGCCUUAUUGUUUUUUGCACCACAACGUUUCUUUUUUUCCUUUGUAUAUUGUUUGCCAUAGAUGUUUUUCCAUUGCUCUGGAUUUUAUAAGUGGCGGCACUAGCUACCGUUGCAUCCCGCUGGCACCUAAAUAAUAACGCACUGUGCAUAUAGAGAAAAAUAAAGCUUAACCACAAUUUCAGAUGAUUCAUCUUACACGCAUUGUGCUGGCCCGAUGUUCCCUGAAGAUCUAAUUGAUAAACUUGACGUACAAGCGAUGAAGUAAACUUUGACACAGAAUUAAAAUUUGUAAUGAGCAAUUUUCUUAUUUUUGACGGUUUCAUGGAAGACACAGAACCAAUUGUCCACAUGUCUGCGAUUACCUAAACAAUACACACAGUAGUUGUCCAUCUCAUGUACCCCUCCUAUAUUUUCAUAGGAUUGUAAAUUGCUUAAGCCUACAUAUAUUGGCAGCAACUCCAAAACCUUAAAUUGACGAUGUCACUGUCAAUAAUCGAAAUGAUUGAAACACUGAUAAUGCAAAUUUGCACCCUAAGGUGAAGCUAAACCUCACCGCCUCACAUAUAUCU